UUAGUCAAAUACACAUAUUACCCAAAACGGCAACCUUACCGUAAAACGUUUUUCGACGAAAGCUUCUCUUCUCUUUCGAUUUCGAAAUGACGACUACCGGAUUCGCCAAAUGCAGCAAAAUCCGCCACAUUGUCCGGCUCAGGCAAAUGCUACGGCGGUGGCGCAACAAGGCCAGGAUAUCAGCCAACAAGACACCGUCCGAUGUUCCGGCGGGACACGUGGCGGUUUGCGUGGGCAGCAGCUGCAGGAGAUUUGUGGUACGCGCUUCGUACCUGAACCACCCGGUGUUCAAGAAGCUCUUGCACCAGGCCGAGGAAGUGUACGGGUUCGGCCAGCACGGCCCGCUCGCCAUCCCCUGCGACGAGUCGCUCUUCGAAGAUGUGCUCCGAUACAUUUCCCGAUCUGAGUCGGGGAACGCUCCUAACUCGACUCGGUUUCUGAAUCUCGAGGACUUUCAGAGAUAUUGCCACGUCGGCAUCAGGUCAAACAUCGAUUACUGUGCCGAUUCUCGGCCGUUGCUUCAGGGAUUGACGGAGAAAACUAUUUGGUGAGAGACCAGUUAAUAAAAUAUUAAUAAUAAUAAUAAUAAAGCCAACCCAAUCUUAACUCAGUUGAGUUGGUUUUAUUAUAUAUAAAUUGGUACCAAACACAAAACUUAAAAAAAAAAAAAAAAAAAGAAUGAUCUUGUUCUGACCCGGGUGACUCAGUCCGAGUUUGCUCGCUCGACGAAUAUGAAGGCCUCCUCCACCUCCAUUACGGGAUCAAAAUCGAGUUCAGUUCAGGUGAACACACGCGACGGUUGAUGAGCAUAUUUCCUUUACCAGUUUAUAUGUAUUGGUAAAAGUGAAUUAUGGUUUUCUUUUUCAAAUUUUAUUAUACAUACAAAUAUUAUUUGUUUCGGUUCUGGGCUGUGAGUUACUGAGCCGAGUGACCGAGUUACUAAUAAUAAGCUUCGACGAAUGCUAUGGAGAUGGCAAAGCGAGUGGGGAAGUUAUCCACCGAGUCGUCCCGGGUUCGAAGAAACGGAGAUGAGGAUGCGAUCGGACCUUUUUUUUUUUUUUCUUCAGAGAAGUACAUUACAAAGUACAAACAAGAAAGAGAAAGAAAAUAAUAAUAAUAAUGACCCUUCUGUGUCAUUUUUCUUUUUCUUUUUCUUUUUGUAAAUCAUGUAAUUUAUUGAUUAAUCAAGGAAAAAAUAUUGUAGAGAAAAAAAAACUAUUCUUGUUUAUUUUAACCAAAAAUAUAUAUAUUUAAACAGGUAAUAUAUGUAUAUUUUAAUGCAUUUUGAGUCCAGUAUGUACUUUUAUUUUUAUUUUGAUUUAAUUUUUAUGCAUAUCAAUCCUUG